GGGGAGACAGAGUGCCGCCCGCGCCGCGCUUCCGGGGGGCGGGGCAGGCGGGUGCCCUGAGGGGCGGUGGCUCCCCCUAGCGGCGGCUUGGGGCGCACCGGCGCCAUGGCGGAGCUGGGAGCCCACCUUACGACAGCCUCCGCCGGCGACGACCGGCCCUCCAUCUUCGAGGUGGUGGCCCAGGACAGCCUCAUGGCCGCCGUGAGACCCGCCCUGCGGCACCUAGUCAAGGUCCUUGCUGAGUCUAAUCCUGGCCGAUAUGGCUUCCUCUGGCAGUGGUUUGAUGAAAUCUAUGUCCUUCUGGAUCUUCUGCUCCAGCAGCACUAUCUGGCCAGGUGCAGCGCCUCCUUUUCUGAAAACUUCUAUAGCUUAAAGAGGAUACCGAUAGGAGAUUGCCGACAGCAACCUCUGGCCACUGCUGGCCUGCCAAAGAGGCAGCACUGGAAGUCUCUCCUCUUGCUGGUUCUUGUUCCUUACCUAAAAGGAAAGCUGGAGAAAUUGGUGUCCAGCCUGAGGGAAGAGGAUGAGUAUUCCAUCCACCCUCCAUCGUCAUCCUGGAAGCGCUUUUACAGAGCCUUUCUAGCUGCCUACCCCUUUGUAAACAUGACCUGGGAGGGCUGGUUUCUUAUCCAGCAACUGUGCUAUAUCCUCGGGAAAGCUCAGCAUCAUUCACCCAUCCUGCGGCUGGCUGGUGUUCGCCUGGUCAGACUGACCCUGGAGGAUAUCGAGGCCCUGGAGAAGAAAUCGGCUGGAGCCAUCUCAAGUCAGACACACAGCAUUAAAGCACAAGUGCAGUCAGCAGUGAGGAAAGCUUUGGGUGGCAUUGCUUUCUCCCUGUCCACCGGGCUGUCCAUCAGCGUGUUCUUCCUCCAGUUCCUGGACUGGUGGUACUCCUCAGAAAACCAGGAGACCAUCAAAUCUCUGACAGCGCUCCCUACUCCUCCACCCCCCGUGCACCUCGACCACGGGGCUGGCUCAGUACUCUUACCCAAACUGAAGACCGUGUGCCCUCUGUGCCGCCGAAUCCGCGUCAAUGCCACGGCCCUCUCCACGUCUGGCUUUGUGUUUUGCUACCGCUGUGCGUACAGUUAUGUCAAGACUCACCAGCGCUGCCCAAUCACAGGCUACGCCACGGAGCUGCAGCACCUCGUCAAACUGUACUCUCCUGAGAGCUGAAAGGCCUGUGCUUUCGGGGAGAUACGUCUCUGAGGCUAGCAGCUAGGCAGCAGGGAGCCUAAAUUCACUCCUUACUUCCCAUAGAAGACUUCUGACCACUACAGCUCAUCAGUGAGCUCUAAAUCUCCUUUGAACUUGGUGGUACAUCAGAGCUUUGCUGCCAUUGUGCAUUCUGGUACGGCUCUCCCCUUCUGUUUCUUAGCUCUUCAAACACCCUGUGACAGUUUCAGAGGGAUUGGACAGCCACAAUCUGUCAGCCAGCACAGAAAUACCUUCAAAGACCAACCGAAAGGGAAGAAACAUCGAUUUGGAUAAGAAGAAUGCAGAUGUGAGGAUCAAAGAGCAUCCCUGGUAAAAGUCCUGCUCGAGGGCAUGAGCCAGCAAAUUAAAGAGAUAGUGAAAAUUCUCUAGGCAGCUUCCCAGGCACUCGUGCUGCCCGGGCCGAGCUCUGGCGCUAGUGCUCAUCAAAGAGGUAGAGACAGGCUUAAACCUCUGCUCUGAUCAUGCUAUUCUUAAAGAGUCUCCCUGUGUUUUCAGGCUAGUCACCUUUGACUUGAGAACAUCACACCCCUAAUUCCCAUCAAUUGUUCUAAAUUAAGACGUUUGAUUCUUUAAAGGAACAAGGGGCAAUCUGUACAAGCAAGGAUACAAGAGGGGGAUUACAUCUUCUGCACAAGAGAGAAAUACAACAAACCAGAUGAAAGAGCAACGGUGCCAAGUGAUAAGAGUUGGUUUAUGUUAAGUAAGUCUUUGAAUCUAUCAUUAUCUGCUUUUAUAAAGCAAAAUUCUUUCUCGAUUGAGAAUCUAACGUACUACUACUCUGAGGACUGGAAAAACAGGGCUUGCUCCUCCAGGGGCUCUAUUUACGUAAGGUAGACUAGACCAAAGCUGCUUUCAUCUUUGCAGACGUGUUUUGUAGGCUGGGAAUCUUUAAUGUCUAUGUUUGAGUAUUACAUUGCAAUUAUUCCAGUCCCAGACACGUAGCACAUUCAUAUCAUAAGACAGCAUCCUUUUGUUGAACGGAGGAGAAAAGAAAAUGCGUGUGAUGUUAUGGCUGGUUCUUGCUUGACACCUGAUUUUUCAUGAUGGAAGUUGUUCCCUGACUCGGCUCCAGGGAGCAGCAGUCAGCUACUCCAGCCAUCAUGGUGACUUUGCUUAGAGAAUGUGAAGAGCAAAGUUUGCUGCACAAAGUACAAGAUCUUUUUGGAUUUAGAGAUAUGUUCUAACAUUUAAGCCACUGAACCAGUCAUCUCAUUUUCCCCCCACUUUAGCUCUGCUUCAGAAGAUAAAAAUCUCUAAUAUCCUCCCUUACCUGCCAGCAAGAUAGCAAGGUUAUUGAAUAACAUGGAAGAAUACAGUAAUUUCCAUCCUACCAAAGGUGCUCUGGAAAACACCCAUUGUAACAAAGGAGAUUUGUCCCCGGUGCUUGUCUUAUUACCUCUAUACAACCUCCAGACCCUUCUCCCUGUGCCACUAUGGAAUAAUAGUAAAAAGAAACCCUCUCCUUUCUCUGGUAGUUAUAGGAUCCGUAGAGAUACCUGUCUUCCUUUAGAAAGCCAGUAAGAGCACACACAUCUUACUGGAAAAGAAAUCACAUCAAGGCACAAGAUUUUUCCUGAGAUUUCAAAUCACUUCUAACAUAGCUGGCUUUGGGCUGGCUAUUAAUUCACAUUACUUGCUUCAUCACAUCAGUUUUGCUUCAUACACAGAGAUCAUCAUCUCUGUGAAAACCCCGCAUCCAAGACACUUGUUCCACUGGUGCUGCACUGUCUUACCCAAACCUGCCUGGUUAGUCAGGCAGGGGCCCGAUUGUCCUGUUGACUCUAGUGCAACCGCUCGUUUGAAUAAGGGCUGAAGGAUUUGACCGACGAUUCAGUUUUAGCAUAGGUUGAUUUUCCUUUUAUCCUUCUUAUACUUUCCCAAAUGAUCCACCUGCUGCUCAGUGAGAAGCUGGGCAGACCUGGGACAGAAGGCCUGACUGAUGCCAACUCACCCGCUGGCACUGCAGAGCUCCUGGGCAAGUUCCGCACCACCCUCCCCAGAAUCCAGGAUUCUCUAACUGCUGAACAGCACAAGUAUGUCGCCUGCAGGCAUGCUGCUCCAGGGCCUCUCGCCGCCUUCUCCCAGGGUUAAUCUCCCUUCCUCUCUCCAGAGCAGCCACCAGAUGCCCACCUGCCCACACCACGCAACACCCUGUCCCAGCCAGACUUAGAUUUGGCCAACUCCGGGGCAGCUCCCAGACCUGCACAGAACCACCCACAUCUAAGCCUCACCGUUCUGAACAGCUGUAGUUACUCUGUUGAACGUUAAAGUGCUCUUUAAUGCCUAGCUGACUAACAGGCAUUAAGCCCACAGUGGUGACAGGCUCAGCAGUUACCCAGAUUUCAGUAGUGUUCCUGCAGAUGGCUGUGGAAUACCAACUUGGAUUUGACCACUUCUUCUAACCCUCCUGCCCUUAGUACCCAAACACAUGCCCAUUUAUUGGGUUUACUGCUCUAAAACAAAGAUAUGAAACUGAUUCAGGUUAUACAAAUGUCCCCGUUUAUCUGCUUCUUAACUGUCACAGUGUUAUUAAAGCCACAAUGGUCUAAAGAUAGACAAGAGGUUUGUUUUUUUUUUUCAAGAAACACCAACUUUAUUAAAUCAACCUUUGGACUUACA